UGUGGUGUCUGUCUCAAACGCAACGACGCUGUUGCUCAGCAGGAAACGUUUGGAAAUGGAUACAUGUACGCACAAUGAGUGAACACAACCAUCACAUAUGAAAGAAAGCAUCUGUUCUGUGCGGUCCUCAAUCCCCGUGAAGGUGACAGCGGUGGUCGCGCCGUAGGACGCUGCAGGGACCACCUCUCCUUUAUCCCCGCGAGCUGUCCUAUUUUUCCCCGUCUUCGUUCUUGUACCGAGGAACGAGCCUAGCGGAUUCGACUGGUCUUUGGAAUCAUUGCUUGCGUUCGCCUUCCAUCUCCGCGCCGCAAUAUCUGUCAGAAUGGCCCUUACGAUUUGCACGAGAUUUACCGAUGAAUAUCAGCUAUUUGAAGAGCUAGGAAAGGGAGCAUUUUCGGUCGUAAGACGAUGUGUGAAGAUUUCGUCGGGUCAAGAGUAUGCUGCCAAGAUCAUCAACACGAAGAAGCUCUCUGCCAGAGAUCAUCAGAAACUGGAGAGAGAGGCCAGGAUUUGCCGUCUUUUGAAACACCCCAAUAUAGUGAGGCUUCAUGAUAGCAUAUCUGAAGAAGGUUUUCACUACCUGGUCUUUGAUCUGGUCACUGGAGGGGAGCUGUUUGAGGAUAUUGUUGCCAGAGAGUACUACAGCGAGGCUGAUGCCAGCCAUUGUAUUCAGCAGAUCUUGGAGAGUGUUCAUCACUGCCAUGUAAAUGGAAUCGUCCACAGGGACUUGAAGCCAGAGAACCUACUUCUGGCUAGCAAGCUUAAAGGUGCUGCCGUCAAGCUGGCAGACUUUGGACUGGCCAUUGAGGUGCAGGGGGAUCAGCAGGCCUGGUUUGGCUUCGCUGGCACUCCAGGAUACCUGUCUCCUGAGGUGUUGAGGAAGGAUCCGUAUGGAAAACCAGUGGAUAUGUGGGCUUGUGGCGUGAUCCUGUACAUCCUGUUGGUGGGUUACCCCCCAUUCUGGGACGAGGACCAGCACCGCCUCUAUCAACAAAUCAAAGCCGGGGCGUAUGAUUUUCCCUCUCCUGAAUGGGACACAGUGACCCCAGAGGCCAAAGACCUGAUCAAUAAGAUGCUGACUAUCAACCCCUCCAAGAGGAUCACUGCCACUGAGGCCCUCAAGCACCCCUGGAUCUGCCAACGCUCCACAGUGGCCUCCAUGAUGCACAGACAGGAGACAGUGGAGUGCCUGAAGAAGUUCAAUGCCAGAAGGAAACUCAAGGGAGCUAUUUUGACCACUAUGCUGGUCACAAGAAACUUCUCAGCAGCCAAGAGUUUGCUGAACAAGAACAAGUCGGACGGCGUCAAGGUUAACAACAAAACCAACAUAGCCACCAGCCCUAAAGACACAGGCCCAGCCCCAGCACUGGAACCCCAGACGACCGUGAUUCACAAUCCUGUUGAUAGAAACAAGGAGUCCACAGAGAGUGCUAACACCACCAUUGAGGAUGACGACCUGAAAGCCAAGCGCUUUGGAAGCCUCAGCAUAAACUCCCUCUGGCAGCCCAAGCCACAGCCACAGCCACAGCCCCGCUCCCAAACCACUGAGGCCAGGCAGGUGCCCACCUCCUCGGUCCAGACUUGCCAAGUUAUCAAUAAAGCUCGUAAGCAGGAGAUUAUCAAAGUGACCGAGCAGCUGAUUGAGUCCAUCAACAAUGGUGACUUUGAGGCCUAUGCGAAAAUCUGUGACCCUGGCCUCACAUCCUUUGAACCAGAAGCGUUGGGCAACCUGGUGGAGGGGCAUGACUUCCACAGGUUUUACUUUGAGAAUGCUCUUUCCAAAGGAAACAAGCCAGUCCACACCAUCCUUCUGAAUCCGCACGUGCACCUGAUUGGCGAGGACGCCGCCUGCAUCGCCUACAUUCGCCUGACCCAGUACAUGGAUGCCAGUGGCAUGCCCCGCACCAUGCAGUCCGAGGAGACCCGUGUGUGGCACCGCCGCGACGGCAAGUGGCAGAACAUCCACUUCCACCGCUCCGGAGCACCCAGCGUGCCCGUCAAGUAGAGAUGGCCCGAGCAGCGUGGCACUGAGCUAACCAAGCCCCUGUCAGGAAGCCCAAUCUUAACCUCCAUCCCUUUCUAUGUUUGCCUCCCUCAUACCCAUUAAUGUCUCUCUCUCUCUCUCUCUCUCUCCCUCCCUCCCUCUCUCUCUCUCUAUCUCCUACUAUCCUCUGCCCAUCCUUCUCUCUCUACCACCUACUCACAGGCCUCUAUCCACACUGAAAAUGGCCAACUUUAUAGAAGCGCCCAUAUGUAUAUAGGCAGAUGGUUAUGUUAGAGGGAAUUUGAGUUAUUUGGAGAUAUAGAAAUGGCAUUAAAAUACAGGUUGAUUGCAUAAAUGUGAGUGUAUACUUAGGCAUGUAACUGAUGUGGAAACAUGAAGUUGUAGGGUACAAUGUCAAAGAUACACUCAUUUCAACAUGGCCUACCUUGAUGAUACCCUAGUCAUGAGGUCUAGAAAUAGAGGACAGUGGUUUAUAAAUGUGAUCAUUCAUAAUGUUCACAUUUGGCCCAUUCAUUGUCCUUUAGUCCUUUUCCAUCAUUAACAUGUGAUCAUCCUCAGAUGUCCAUGUCUUCUGUUGCUUGGAGGAGCUUGUUCUCAGAACUGUAGCAUUGGUGAAAGAAAAAAGCAAGUGUUUUUUCCAUUUGCGUAAUCAUCUCUAUCUCUCUCCCUCUCUCUUUCUCUCUUUCUCUAUCAAUCUCUCUCUCAAUUGCAAUUAAUCUACAAAUUAAUUGUAAAAAAUCACUUUUUGUCUGUGUGCGUAUUUUGUAGUUAAUUGAUGAUAAAUGCUUCAGUUUACCCUGGUCGAACACAGCCGUCAACAAAAUAAUCUUGAGCAGUCUGUCACAAGAUGGCACUGUUUCUCAACAACUCUCAUCCCUAAUCCAGCUCCUUUCUUUUCAUGAGGGUUGUUUACCCCCAAUCGCACAGGACCAGAGUGUCAAGACAUUUUUUGAAAGGACAUCACUCUCCCCAAGCGGGCCAUGUAUCUGGACAUUAUCAAAAAGUGUAUUUUUAACAUAUUAGGUUUUUUUGUUCAUGUUUAUUUUUAACAAGCUGUUUUGGUAUGCAUUGUAAAUGUAUAGAUAUGUCUGUUAUGUAUUUUUAUGUCUAUGUGAGUGUGUGCAAUACGAACAAUUUGAAAGAUAAGAAUGUUAAUAUUGAGCUUGCUAUUGUUCUGGUGAUGUACAUAUGUUGUGGUUGUUAAAAGAAAAAAAAUCAAAAUGAUCAUUCAACUGAUAUCCACGCUUUCAGCUGAGCUAUGAUUUUAGUAAAUGCAAUCCACAGGCAAUGUUUUAUUUUCCGCUAGCUUCAAAUGUUUGGAACUAAAUUCCAACAGAGAAACUUAAUUGUAAAGGGUAGUUCAACUGCAGACUGUUUGCAGAUGUUGUAUGUUUACCUUUACACAGUUGCAUAUUUUAAAAAUUAAAAAUAGGAGAAUGUAGCAUAUAUAAUAUAUAUCAAUUUGACAAAUUGAGUUAUGCAUGGGGGGCUGUUUUUCAACAUGUGUUAUAUAUUUAUUAUUUAGUUGUUUUGUUUAUAAAAUUGUGGAUUUAAUGGUCUCCCUAUGGAAUCAAUCUUCUUUUUUUCAUUUUCAGUAUCAUCCAACAAUAACAACACUACCGAUAAUGAUAGUUGUACUACCACAUAUCCAGCACAAUUAAUCAACCAUAAGACUGUAGCUAAUUUUUACCUUUUGUCAGUUGUUGUAGGUCAAUUCUCUCUUUACUACUUUACAUUCAAAUGGCACAAGUAGAGAUCAUUGCCUCUCAAGCCACUGCUUCUUCUGUUCAUUGCCACACAGUAUGUUGAUCUCCAGAGGUGUGGUGAUGGAGAGAAGGGGGGAGGCCGAGCCCUUAUAUCUAGCAUGCACACUGCCCUUGUAGCGCUCUUGCGUCUCAGUGUCGGUCAAGAGGAGAGGAGCGGGGGUUGCGUUGUAUCGUACUGAUGUCAGAAUGGUCUUCCUUGAUGAUAUACCAGGAGCUUUAACCUCUGGUGCUCUCAUGUCAAUGGGACUAUGCCGAUACCAUCAUUGUCGUUUUCUUUGCCAUUUUUUCUUUUAAUGUACUGUACUUCUUCCUUUUCUUCUCUUGAGGGUUAAGAAAUUCCUCUGCUGAAAGUUGCACCGCCACAAGGGCCAAUUUGGAGAUAAUAGAGUAAAUAAUUUGCUGCCAGGGUGGCGAUAGAAAUUCAACAUAUUUAAGACAUAAUAAAAAUAAAGGUGUGAUAUUUA